CAACUGACCACAAACCAUGUGGAAGCUGCGGAAAAAAGGUUAUCCCAGAGACAAAUGCCGUUUCCGAGGAGCGGAAUGCCAUUACUGCAAGAAGAAAGGCCACAUUGAAGCCGCAUGCCACAGCAAACAAGCUAGGAAGGUCAGGUGUAUUACCAUAGUCUCUAUCAUAAAUGAGAACGAUGCACCACAAAUACAUAUCCCGAUCACUCAACGGGGGAGACGCCACCUGUUUUUGAUUGACACUGGUGCCAGAACCAAUUUCCUCUCACUGACAAGAUGGAAAUCAAUUGGCAAGCUGCCACUCAAACCGACCACUGCAGAAUAUCGUUCAGCAUCGUGUCACUCCAUAUUUAUUCUCGGUACCGCAUGCGUGGACUCAUUGCUACAGACCGGAGACGAGACAGUUCGCAAGCAACUGGAGUUUACAGUUACGAAACUAAACCUAAAUCUUAUCGGAUUAGACACAGUUUUGGAAAGCGGCAUCCAACUCGACCGUCUUCUUUGCAAGUCUACAAAUAACGCACCGGUACAUAUGAUCUCAACUCACAAGUCUCUCCAAGCAGCCUGCGAACAACUCACACAGGAGUUUCCUAACUUAUGGAAAGAUGAACUGGGAUGUUUGAAGAACUUUCAGUUCAAAAUAGAGUUUAAACGGACGUCACACCGGUCUUUUGCAAAGCUCGUACUGUGCCAUUUGCAAUACAGGACGACCUAUCUCGAGCAUACGACAAAGGCAUUGAUCGGGGCCUUUGGAAGCAAGUACAAUUGA